AUGUCGCUCAAAGGAUCCAAUAUUCUCAUAACCGGCGCGUCGAUGGGAAUCGGCGAAGCCAUCGCCCACGCAGUGGCAGUUGAAGGCGCGAAUUUGAUACUGUUUGCCCGCUCGGAGGACAAGCUCCAAGCGAUAACCCAGACCCUGAAAACCAAAUACCCCGCAUCAAAAGUAAUCUACCACCCCGUCGACCUGCAGAACUACGAAGCCGUCGAAACUGCCGUCGAUGCAAGCGUCAAGGAGCUCGAUCAUAUCAAUGUCCUCAUCAAUAAUGCCGGCCUCGCCCUCGGCGCCCCCUCCCCCUUCCCUUCCCUUCAAAUCCGCGACAUAGUAACCAUGAACGCCACCAACAUUAACGGCUUGAUGUUCACCACCUACGCCGUGCUCAACGCCUCCAUGAAGCCUCGCAAAGCAGGUACGAUUCUGAACGUCACCUCCAUCACAGGGCUCGAGGUGCCCCCCUUUCCCGGGGAGGCGGUCUACCACUGCAACAAAGCGGCGCAGGAGGCAUUCAGUAACGCGCUGCGCAAUGAGCUCAGUGAGACAAAUAUUAGAGUAUUGGUGCUUAGACCGGGUGUUGUGGCUACGAAUUUCCAUCAGCAGAGGGUCGGGUAUGAUGAGGCUUUGUAUGUCGGCUUUAUGGAGGGGUAUAGGCCGCUCGAGGCGCAAGAUGUUGCGCGCUCUGCCAUCUUUAUGCUUCAGCAGCCGCUCGAUGUGUCAAUUAAGGCGCUGGAUGUUGUUCCUUCAGCACAACGCAGCAUCAAUGUUUUCGACCGGACUUGGAACGACAGGAACGCCUGA